GCUGGGUAAUAUUAUGGAUUUUUAUUUUUGUCAUCUGCGAAUUUUUCGGUAGAAGCAAUAUAAAAAAUUUCUGUUUAAAAUGUUUUCAAUCCCGUGAUAGUUUAAAUUUAGACUUUAAAGUAAUGUAUCUUUUAAAAAGAAGCACAGAUAUCAAAUCAAUCUGCACACUUGUACGCUUGUAUACUUCUGGUCGAAAAACGCACUAUGAGACUCUUAAUUUACAAAAAAACUGUACAGAUAAAGAUAUUAAAGAGGCGUUUAUUAAGAUGAGCAAGCAGUACCACCCAGACAAAAAUAAAAGCACACAAGCACAGGAGCGAUUCGUUCAAAUAGUGGAAGCAUAUAAUGUCCUCAGCAAACCAGGCAGUCGGGCAUCAUAUGACAGUACAAUACAGUUUGACGGCAGUAGCGGCACUUAUGUGUAUAGGACACAUGUGCCAUACAACUUAAGGAACAACCCUCAGUACAGCUACUACACACAUACACAAAAUACAAGCUCAAAGUCUAACACAGACUACUAUGGAAUCAAAAGGGUGAAAAAGUUACCAAAUGCUGCCAUUUUAAUGAUUCUAUUUGGAGUUGCUGUGAUUGGUGUGUUAUUACAAGUGGUUGUGAUUAGGCAGUCAUAUUCUAUUCAAAGACGGAGGACUGAUGAGAAGUCUAUGAGGCUCGCAGAAGAGUUGGAGAAGGUUCGGGCCACUGCUCGGGGGAAAACAAAUGAAGCACAGACACAAAUGUUGUUAGACAAGAUAGUGACAGCUUCUAACCCCUCGGUGGCCACCGCAUCCCUCGGGCAAACUUUGGCAAAUGAAAAAAAGUGAUUAUUUUUUCUUCCUACCUCUGUACUGUUUGUGUAUAUAUUUAUUUAUGAUUCACUGCAUUCAUCAUCAUCAUCAGUUAAUUUUUUCAUUAUAAUCAUCAUUAUCAUCAUAAUUUUGAACUGUUGUUUUUACACUGGACAUAGUCAUUAUAAAAUGACUUAAAAAACACUAUUAUAUGUAUAUUAUUGACUAUUGACUAUGAGGAUUUCAUAGUACAUUUUAUUUAUUUGUUAUCAUCAUAACUUAAAAAUUAUGUAUUUAUUAAAUUUUUCCAAACAUCAAAAACGCUGUCGUCCAUUUUGUGACGUCACGAUGUUAAAGAAAUAAACGUCAAACUAGUUAUUAUCCAAUAAUUUUGUCAAACAUUCUGUUUGGUAAAGGUUUAUAAUAUACUCGAAAACUCCUAAUUCUUCCAGUGAAAGUCUUAUUAAAACCGGUCCAGUUGUUCAAAAUGUUAGCCUGCCCAAACAGACAACCAAAAAUUUUAAAAAGGUUCAAUUGUGUUUUAGUAUUGUGUUACACUUAAAACACAGUUAUUUAUAAAUUACAGACAUACCCUUAAAUAUUAUUUAUUAACCUUCGACGCAAAAAGAGGGGUAUUAUAAGUUUGACGUGUCUGUCUGUGACUUACCUCCCGAACGGAUGAAGCGAUUUCAAUUUAGUUUGUUUUGUAUGAAAGGUGAUUUAUGUGCGAGUGUUCUUAGAUAUGUAUGAUGAAAAUCGGUUGAGUCGUUUAAGUUAAAGUGGGGGGUUAAAUUGUGGAAGAAUAACCGAAUGUCUGCAAAUAUACUCGAGUGGGGUCUCAAAUGAAAGCGCACUGAAAGAGAAUAUUGAUGACUUGAUCGAGAAUUUUAUUUAUUGAUAUAUUGUAUAUAUAAAGUCAACAUACUUAAUAUUAAUGAAUCAAAUAAACAUUUUCUUGCCUAUUGUAUUUGUAGUAUAGUUGAAAACUCACUCAUAAUUAUAGCUAUUCUUGUAUAUUUAUAUUGUAAAUAAAUGUUUGUAAAAAGAUAUUAGAAAAGACAAUACAA